GAGCUUUGGAGUAAAAAACGGACUCUCCUUGUGUUUAGAAGCUGAUUGGCUGAAGCUAACGUCCUUCGAUCUGAACUGCAGCGCAGAGGAAUCCCCGAACAACUGCUAGACUUGUCAAAAUGAACUUGUCAUACUUUGUAGCAUGUGGACUUAUGGUCACCUUACUUUCAGUGAGGAUGGGGGCAAAACCUUUAACUCAAGCGCAGCAGAAGUCUCUUAGAAGUUUGCUGGGCGAGGAGCUGGCGGAGUUUCUGGAGUCGGAGGAGAGGGAGAGACGGCUCGACGCUGUGCGCACUCGGAUACGCUUACUGCGCGAUUUACGGGUGGACACCCGGCCCAGAGGCAUGUUGGCUCGUCUCCUCAACGAUCAACCCCCAAACAGGAAACACAAAUCGGGAAGCAAGAAGGCUGGCUCCUCGUCACGGAGUGGCUGCUUCGGACACAAGAUGGACAGGAUAGGCACCAUCAGCGGCAUGGGAUGCUAGGGCUGGAGCAGCGCUGCAAUGAAUGAUCUCUGGACGAUGUGUUUGUUUGGAUGACAAAAGUUGAGUUUGUUCUUACCAGAAGGGGAAAAUAAAGAAAAACUCAUCAUGAUUGUUCUUUGGUACGAAAGUCACCAUGACCAGCAUAAACAAAGACUUGGAUGACAAUACUACAAAAUCCUAAUAUAGAUCUAUAUAUAUAUACAAUAAAUAUGCAGGUAUAUAUACAUAUAUACAGUACAUAUAUGUAUACCAUACAACAUGGUCAACAGAUACAAACACAGAUGCGUAGUACAACAUGGCGGACAAUGGUGUAAAAACUACAUACCGCAAAGCUGUAUAUUGUUGCUGCUGCUGCUGCUGUACAUUCAUGUACUUCAUCUUUCCCUGCAUAAAUGUAUUUAUGUUUAAAAUCUAUUUAUAUGUUUAUAAAAAAAAGAGAUAUUUAUAAAUAUGAAUUUUAUUUAUGUAACAUUUUGGAAAUGGAUGCAAACUGUAGGUCAAUUCUGUUUGUUGCCUUUUUUUUCCCAUUUGUCUCAAAUAGUUGUAAAUGUUUUCAAAAACGAUAAAACGGACAUUCCAUGUGCACUUA